AUGAGCGGCGUCUGUAAGAACAGCUCACGUACAUUCUGUGCGUACGUGUACCAGUUCACUGUGUGCGACUUCAACCGACUUACGUGUACAGUAGCACAGCCCAAGUCAAAGCUUCCGCUCAGUCCACCCCCAACUUGGCCCUGCUAA